GAGUACACACGCGUUUGCAAGGCCAGCAGUAAAUUCAAACCCACAGAACGAGGAGAGAAAUUAGUGCCCCUCUCCCAGCAAACGAGUCGGGUGCCGUGGGCUGGGCUGGGAUCGCCCCGGCUCGCAGACAGCGCCUGUCAGUGCCCGGCAUUACAAUGCUUUAUGACCUUUUAUCGCCAAUGACUUGUUGACACAAUAACCGAGAGCAAAUCAACUUGAAUCCCAUUGCUGGGCUCAGACGGUGGAGGGCUGUGACUCAGUGGUGAAUCUUGGUUUCAAGGAUCACACAAUGCUUUACCAGCCAGUUUCAAUGAACCAGAAAAAAAAUUAAAAGAAAAUUGGGAAUUUCCCUUCUCCUUCCCAUCUGUGAUCACUCCAGAGAGUGCUGAGUCCUGCCUUUGGAAAGGCUGACUUACAUCCACAGCUCAGGGCUUGGAACUGUGUGGGAUUUUGGAAAUCUUCACUCACAGAGAAGGCAAUUCAACGUUUUUCUUGGAAAGUUUGCCUUGCAAGAUGCCAAGUGCAAGAUGGCUCAGCACAAAAGCUGCCGUUCAUCCUCCCCACAUUCCUGCUGUCCACGCCUCCCUCCUGCCUGGAGACAACGGGGACAUUUAAGGAUGCUUCAGGGCACAGCUCAGAACAUCUGAAGGUCUCUGGGGCUCAUAGGAGGGAAUCUCCUAAUGAUCUUAGUUACUUUUAUACCUGCCUGAGACCAGAGUGCUCCAGUGCAGAGAGGCCACUCUGAGAUCACCCAGUGAGCACAAGGAACUGGAGCAGUGAGAACUCGGGAGAGAAGGGGGCAAGAAGAAAAUAAAACACCAAGAAAAGAAGGUGAAAUAACCACACAAUCGAAUAAAGGCACAAGGCAGCCAGAAGAAAAAGAGCAAGGAAACAGCAACUAAAGGAUAUUACAAGCAAAGGAAUUUGGGAAGGUUUUCCUUCUUUUCCUUCUGUUUUUUUUUGUGUUUGUUUUUUUUUAACCUGCAAAAUGGGACAGCAGUUUGCCAAUGCUGAAGGGGAGCAAGGAGAGAUCGACGUGGCAGAACUGCAGGAGUGGUACAAGAAGUUUGUGGUGGAAUGUCCCAGUGGGACCCUCUUCAUGCACGAGUUCAAGAGGUUCUUCGGGGUCCAGAACAACCAGGAGGCAGCAGAGUACGUGGAAAACAUGUUCAGAGCCUUUGAUAAGAACGGGGAUAACACCAUUGAUUUUCUGGAAUAUGUAGCUGCCUUGAAUCUUGUUUUACGAGGGAAACUGGAACACAAGCUGAGGUGGACGUUCAAAGUGUAUGACAAGGAUGGGAAUGGCUGCAUAGAUAGACCUGAGCUGCUGGAAAUCGUUGAUUCUAUCUACAGGCUGAAGAGGGCGUGUUGGUCAGACACGGAGGACAGGACGACCCCACUGCUCACCCCAGAGGAGGUUGUGGACAGGAUAUUUGAGUUAGUGGAUGAGAAUGGGGAUGGGCAGUUGUCUCUUGAUGAGUUCAUUGAUGGAGCCAGGAAAGACAAGUGGGUGAUGAAGAUGUUGCAAAUGGAUGUGAACCCCGGGGGUUGGAUCACUGAGCAGAGGAGGAAGAGUGCUGCACUUUGAGAAAAUUCAGCUUUGACACAGCUGAAAGUGUGAUGCUGACUCCAAGUGUGACUCUUCCUCUAGGGUGGUAGGGACUUUCCCUUGUAAUCCAAUCUCAGCAUCCAGAUGAAAACUUGGGAUGGUUUAAGAAGCCGUAUCUCGACCUAAAACCCACGUGCUGCUGGUACCCAGAGACUAUUUUUGGCCCAUGAAUAAGUCUUUCUGUGUACACAGUACUGUGUUUGCCAGCUCUGGUUUUUGGUUACACCCCAAAGGAACAAACUUUUUUUUUUGUGGCUUCCUGCAGCAGAUCCUGAGCAGGGUUUUAGUCUGAGGACAGACAGGAUGGGGAGGUAAGAAAGCCAGGCAGUGGUCCUGGUGUUUGCAUCACUCAGAGAUACAACACAUCAAACCACCAGUGGCACCAUCAGAGGGGCUCUGGCAGGUGUGAGACAUCCAGGAUGUCUGGGUGUGUUUUUGUAGCCUAUAAUGUCAAAUUAGUGAAGACCAACAGAUUGCUGAGUCCAAAAAUGAGAAUUGGACUAGAGCAGUAGCCAAGGCACCACACAGAGCUGAGGGAAACAAUGCAUGGGCUGGAGAGGGGGAGCAGUAAGUCCUUCCCCUCCCUCCUGUGCACCAGAGUCUGCUCCUUCUGCCUGUUCAGAGGGUCUCUGAGGGGCUGGAUAAAUGCUGUUCUAAACACUGAGCAGCACAGGAAUUGCUCCUCUUCAGGGCCCCAUUUAGAGGACAGAAGGCCACAAGAGGGACUGGGCUCCUUUUGAGCCCUUGGUUUUUAGGGAAUCAUGACUCUGGAACAGCUUCUGCUCUGUGAAGGGUGGGUGAGCUCCAGGAGCUCUUCACUGCACUGGGGAAAGUUUUGUGUGGAAGCAGAGAUAAAGGGGAGAGCAGAGUUUUGGUUGGCAGUGUCUCUGCAGUGAGAGGAUUUGUGCUGCUUUAUUGGCAGGACCACCCAAUCCUAAAUCACAGGAUGGUUUGGGUUGCAAGGGACCUUAAAACUCCUCCAGUUCCAACCCCCUGCCAUGGGCAGGGAUGCCACUCUCUAGAUCAGGUUUCUCCAAGCCUUGUCCAGCCUGGCCUUGAAAAGAAUAGAAAAAGUGACAAAAAUCCGAGUUAUGAAGCAGUACAGUGGUUUUACACUGGACUUAAUUUAGCCACAGAUACAAAAUUCACACACGUUGCAGGCUGAGCUCUGCUGUUCUAACCCAUAUUUCUACAUGUAUGUAUGUGGAAAAAGAGUUUGGGUUGAAUCAAUAUUUUGGAUCAUCUUUAUUGGAUUUACUGGCUCAUUUACAAGAAAAAUUUAACCAGGAAAAAAUAACAUGAGUUUGCCUGUUUCAUUUUAAUUUUCCCCUGGGGUCAGUGGACCAGGUCAUACCAAUGAAACGAUUUACAAUCCCUUUUUUGUGGCCUUUAAUUAGGAGUGUACUAUCUGUCAUUAGUUGGUUAGUUUGCUGGUUUGUGGUCUUGUCAGUUUAGCCAGUGUUUAAAUUCAGGGACAUGAGGAAGUGUUCAGGAUAAGGCACAAUCAGUGCUAGAGUUCAAAUCAUAUAGAUUUCCACUUCAAAAUAGCCUUUCUAAGAGUUCUCUGUAAAUACACACUAGUCUGUGCUGUGCUUACUUAUCAGAGCUGAUUAGACUCCUGGUUUAUGCUGCUCUUUCAGGCUCUUUCAAGUCAAUAGUUUAUCAGCCAAAGAUCUGACAGAAAAAUCUCACUUCUGACUUGAGAGCCUGCGUGAAAACAUUCACUUUUGUGAAAUGAGAAUGAAAACAUUCAACUUGUGGAGAAAUGUUUUCAUCAGAGGAUACAAAUCUCUAAUUCCUUGAAUUUCAGCAUCUCAACCGACGUAACAAACUCUGCUCCUCGCACAGUUUUGAAGUGGCUGUUUAGUUACUGUAGUUGCACGUUGCUGGUUGACUUCAAUGCUUUAAAUUCUCCAAUUCUGCUCAGCCCCAGGCACUGAAGGGGCUGUUUGGUGGGCUCGUGCCAGCACCCCUCUCCUGGGGUGCAGAGGGCACCCAGCACUGAGCACUUGCACAGCUGUUGGUAGGAAUUU